AUGGCGACUGAGGUGGCAUUUGACACGUCUAUGGGCUCUUUCUCUGUAGAGCUCUACAAUACCCAUGCGCCCAAGACAUGCAAGAACUUUGCCACCCUUGCCGAGCGCGGCUACUACAACAAUGUCAUCUUCCACCGUGUCAUCCCUAACUUCAUGGUUCAGACUGGCGAUCCUACCGGCACCGGUCGAGGCGGUAGCUCCAUCUACGGCGAGAAGUUCGAAGAUGAGAUUCGCGGCGACUUGAAACACACCGGAGCUGGAAUUUUGAGCAUGGCCAACAGCGGGCCUAAUACCAACGGCAGUCAAUUCUUCGUUACACUUGCACCUACCCCAUGGCUGGACGGAAAGCACACAAUCUUUGGCCGUGUCAAGAGCGGCAUGAGAAUCAUUCAGCGCCUUGGACUCGUCAAGACUAAUGGAGAAGACAAGCCCAUGGAUGAGGUUAAGAUCAUUCGCGCUCGAGUGAUCGAGGAAGGAGCACAGGAGUGA